AUGUUAUAUGCAAACGGUGACCGUCAGCUGACGCCAGAUGAUUUUCCUGCCGCUGCACGUAGUCAAAACCUCCCUCGCUCUCUAAAGUCCAGCAAGAAGCGGGAGGACUUCAGCAGAAACCGUGCCACACAGGCCAAGCAGAAGCGCGACCAGCUGGUGGCGAACGCUGUGCUGUUCGUGUGUGUUAACGGCGUGGGUGUGUUUCACCUGUGGCACACUGAACACGCUCACAGAAAGUCCAGCAAGAAGCGGGAGGACUUCAGCAGAAACCGUGCCACACAGGCCAAGCAGAAGCGCGACCAGGAGCAUCUGCUGCUGUCGGUGCUGCCGCGAUACAUCGCCAUGGAGCUGAAGACGGAAAUCGUUAAGCGUCUGUCGGCUAAAUGCAGCGCCGAAGAGAACCGACCCAACUUCCACAGUCUCUACAUACGACAGCACAGAGACAUCAGUAUCCUGUACGCUGAUAUCGUGGGCUUCACGCACCUCUCCAGCACCUGCACACCUGAGGAGCUCGUGGCCGUCCUCAACAAACUCUUCGGCCGCUUCGACGACAUCGCUAAGAAGAACGGCUGUCUGCGUAUUAAAAUCCUGGGCGACUGUUAUUACUGCGUGUCGGGUCUCCCUGACCCCAUCUCUCAUCACGCUCGCAACUGCGUUCAGAUGGGUCUGGACAUGUGCACGGCCAUAAAUAAGCUGAGGGAGGCGACGGACGUGAACAUUAACAUGCGUGUGGGUGUUCACACGGGGAACGUUCUGUGUGGCGUGAUCGGCCUUCAGAAGUGGCAGUAUGACGUCUGGUCAGAUGAUGUGACUCUAGCCAAUCACAUGGAGUCUGGAGGAGUGGCUGGGAGGGUCCACAUCACGGAGGAGACGUUCGCUCACCUGGAUGGGAAAUACCAGGUGGAGGACGGAAAUGGCGGGAAUCGCGAUUCCACGCUGAAGGAAAGGAGAACGUUCCUGGUCAUUGAUCCUAAUACAGAAAACUACGAUAUAACACCUCAGACUAAUGAGCUGAAGGUGGACAACAUACUGGCGAAUCGUCAGAAGCUCCGCGCAUCGGUUCGGAUGUCGCAGUACCUGCAGUCCUGGAAAACCGUCAAACCGUUUUCUGGACUCAACCAACCAGAGGCUUCGCUCGCAACCCCGCCCACUGCUGACAGCAGCGCCAGCGAAUUACAGCCGGCCACGACCUGCGACAUGUCCUACAGUCACGUCCGCUGCAUGCUGGACUUCGCCAUCGCUCUGAUGGGGCGACUGGAGAACAUCAACAUGCACUCCUUCAACAGCUUCCAACUGAGGAUCGGGAUAAAUCACGGUCCUGUGAUCGCAGGCGUCAUCGGCGCUCAUAAACCUCAGUAUGACAUCUGGGGAAACACGGUUAAUGUGGCCAGCCGGAUGGACAGCACUGGAGUCCUGGAUAAAAUACAGGUGACAGAGGAGACGGCGCAGGUGGCUCAAACGCUGGGCUACAGCGUAACUCUGAGAGGAGUGAUCCACGUGAAGGGCAAAGGACAGCUGAGCACGUACUUCAUCAACACCGAGCAUCCAGUGCAGUGACCACAGAACGCUUUUAACACCCAUCUGACACAGACUGAGACUGUGAUGAGUGUUUCACUAAGGUCCUCUGCGGACACUCACCAAACAUCCUCUGUCUGCUACGGAUGCCACAAAAGAACUGAACUAGUUAGCACUUAGAUUUAACCAAUUCUAGUACUUUUUAAAAAUGAUUUCUUCAAGAAGUUUCUUCUUUGUGAAGUUAAUCUGUUGUUUUAAACAAUGCAAAGUUGCCAACUUUUCUAAAUUUCCAAAG